UUUUUUUUUUCUCCUUUAUUUUUCUUUUUUCUCCUUUUUUACCCACCUCACCCCCUCCCAAUGCCACAUCCAGCUGUUGUUGCAGCAAUAGUUGUUAGCAGUGUAGCUCUCUUAGGAAUAAGCGUCUAUCAACUAUGGAGAGACACAAGCUAUAAUAAUGACUAUUCACAUUCAAAAGGUCGCCCUGAUCCUUUUCGUCACAGCCAUGACUUUGAUUUUGAUGAUAAGAAAAGAUUUAAAGAGAAGAGUGAUGAUGAUGAUAAGCCACUAAUACGUAAUCGAAAGCUCUUUUCACGUAAAUCAUCUUCCUCUGGUGAUACAAGUAAUGAUGAUGAUAAUUAUAUCGAUAGAAAAAGGUCCCCCAGAAAAGAAUACCAUGAACUUUCGUUGCUGGAAGAUAGCAUUAUAGAAAGAAAAAAAAGACUAUUAGCUGAUCAAGCAUUGCUAGAUAAAGAAGAAGAAGAGUUUGAAAAACGGAAAAAUGAAUUUCUAAGUCAUGGUCCUCUUUCUGUAAAUUCAAAUGAAGAGUCGGAAAGCUCAUCAAAUAAUGAUGUUGAUAAUUCUAUUGAUGUAUUGAACACAUUUGGAAAUGAACAAGCUUCAGAGGAAUCAGCAAGUAAUUCAGAUGAAAAUAAGACUGAAAACCCAUUUUACUCUUUCUAUCAAAUGGAUAAUGAUGAUAGCUCCUCUUUAGAAAAAGCAUCAUCAUCUUGUACAGACACAAAAGAAGAAGAAAACCAGGAACAUAUAACUGAUACGUUAUACCCUUCAAACGAUAUAAUAGAAUAUGAAAAUCCUAUACCUUAUACUUCGCGUAGUGUAUCUGAUUCUGAAGAAAGCUGGAAUGCUGUUAGUGAUGUAUGGAAGGCCAGCUCUAACAGUUCAUAUUACUCCUCAGAUCAAUUUACUAAUAUCAGUAGUCCUGAUAACUUGUCAGACAGUGAAUAAAAAUGAAAUAUUAAAUUGAUAAACUUGAAUAUCUUUUUUCACAUUUCACAUAAAAAUAAAAACAAAUAUUACAUUUAAUGGAAUAAAGUACAUUAUACAAGUGUUAAAAUA